AUGUUUGACGUAGUAACUCGAGGCGAAUAUCUAAGGCAGAAGAGGCAUAAAAAGCAGAAAGAAAGUGCAGAGGAGGUGGCCAAGUUGGAGAAGCACUUGAUGCUUCUCCGGCAGGAGUACGUGAAGCUGCAGAAGAAGUUGGCGGAGACGGAGAAGAGAUGCACCCUCUUGGCCGCGCAGGCGAACGGCGGGAGCGGCGGUGAGUCCUUCAUCAGCCGCCUGCUGGCCAUCGUGGCCGACCUGUGCGAGCAGGAGCGGUACAGCGAUCUGAAGAUAAAGGUUGGGGGCAAGCACAUCAAUGCUCACAAGUUCGUCCUGGCGGCCCGCAGCGACAGCUGGAGUCUGGCCAGCCUGUCUUCCACCGAGGAGCUGGACCUGUCAGAUGCUAACCCUGAGGUGACCAGGACCAUGCUCCGCUGGGUCUACACGGACGAGCUGGAGUUCGGAGACGACGACGUGUUCCUCACUGAGCUAAUGAAACUGGCUAAUCGCUUUCAGCUGCAGCUCCUCAGGGAGAGAUGUGAGAAGGGUGUUAUGUCUCUGGUGAACGUCAGGAACUGUAUUCGCUUCUAUCAGACCGCGGAGGAACUGAGUGCCGGCACGCUGAUGAACUACUGUGCGGAAAUUAUCGCCAGCCACUGGGACGACCUACGGAAGGAGGACUUCAGCAGCAUGAGUGCCCAGUUGUUGUACAAAAUGAUCAAAUCCAAGACUGAGUACCCGUUGCAUAAGGCUAUCAAAGUAGAGAGAGAGGAUGUGGUCUUCCUCUAUCUAAUUGAAAUGGACUCACAGCUCCCUGGGAAGCUGAACGAAGUGGAUCAUAACGGACACCUCCCCUUGGACCUGGCCCUGUCACGGCGACUGGAGAGCAUUGCCGCCACGCUGGUUAGUCACGGAGCCGAUGUGGACAUGGUGGACAGGAAUGGCUGGAGCCUGUUACACAAAGGAAUCCAAAGAGGAGAUCUCUUUGCUGCCACCUUCCUCAUUAAGAACGGGGCCCUGGUCAAUGCCGCCACGUUGGGUGCCCAGGAGACACCGUUGCACCUCGUGGCGUUGUACAGUUCAAAGAAACACUCCGCGGACGUGAUGUCCGAGAUGGCCCAGAUCGCAGAGGCCCUUCUGCAGGCCGGUGCCAACCCCAACAUGCAAGACAGCAAGGGCAGGACUCCCUUACACCUGUGCAUCAUGGCGAGGAACGAACUCGUAUUCAGUCAGUUGCUGCAGUGCAAACGACAUUUGGCGACAUCUGUAGACAUGUUUGCCUAUUACAGCAAGGUCGGGGAUGCCGUCGGGAACUGCUUACUACAGCGGGCGGCCGAAGCAGGGAACGAGGCAGCGGCUCUUUUCCUGGCCACCAGUGGAGCCCACGUCAACCACAGAAACAAGUGGGGAGAAACCCCGUUGCACACGGCCUGUCGGCACGGGCUGGCCAGCCUCACCGCGGAGCUCCUGCAGCAGGGGGCCAACCCCAACCUGCAGACCGAGGAGGCCGCGUCCCCGGCCGGCUCAGGGGACGGCAUCUACCUGCAGACCCCAUUGCACAUGGCGAUUGCCUACAACCAUCCGGACGUGGUGUCUGUCAUCCUGGAGCAGAAAGCUAAUGCGCUUCAUGCUACCAACAACUUGCAAAUCAUUCCGGAUUUCAGCCUCAAGGAUUCCCGAGACCAGACUGUGCUGGGCCUGGCAUUAUGGACCGGCAUGCACACGAUCGCAGCCCAGCUGCUGGGUUCCGGCGCUUGCAUCAACGACGCCAUGUCAGACGGGCAGACCUUGCUGCACAUGGCCAUGCAGCGUCAGGACAGCAGGAGCGCGCUCUUCCUCCUGGAGCACCAGGCAGACAUAAACGUCAGGACUCAGGAUGGGGAGACGGCCCUUCAGCUGGCCAUCAGGAACCAGCUCCCGCUCGUCGUGGACGCCAUAUGCACGCGUGGAGCGGACAUGUCCGUGCCAGAUGAGAAGGGAAACCCCCCGCUGUGGCUCGCGCUGGCGAACCAUCUGGAGGACAUCGCCUCCACCCUGGUCAGACACGGUUGUGAUGCCACGUGCUGGGGCCCAGGGCCGGGCGGCUGCCUUCAGACACUCCUGCACAGGGCCAUCGACGAGAACAACGAGUCUACUGCCUGCUUUCUUAUUCGCAGCGGCUGCGACGUGAACAGUCCCAGACAGCCCGGUGCUGAUGGAGAAGGGGAGGAGGAGGCCAGAGACGGGCAAACGCCCUUGCAUUUGGCAGCUUCCUGGGGGCUGGAAGAGACGGUGCAGUGUCUUCUGGAAUUUGGUGCCAGUGUAAACACACAGGAUGCGGAAGGAAGGGCACCUGUCCACGUGGCCAUCAGCAACCAGCACAGUGUCAUCAUUCAGUUGCUGAUCUCCCACCCUGACGUCCGCCUCAGUGUCCGCGACAGACAGGGGCUGACCCCCUUUGCCUGCGCCAUGACGUACAAGAACAACCGGGCGGCCGAGGCCAUCCUGAAGCGAGAGCCUGGGGCUGCCGAGCAGGUGGAUAACAAGGGCCGGAAUUUUCUUCACGUGGCAGUCCAGAACUCUGAUAUUGAAAGCGUCCUGUUCCUGAUCAGCGUCCAGGCUAAUGUGAAUUCCAGAGUCCAGGACGCCUCCAAGCUGACCCCUUUGCACCUUGCUGUCCAAGCAGGUUCAGAGAUUAUCGUCCGCAACCUGCUUCUUGCAGGAGCCAAAGUGAACGAAUUAACCAAGCACCGCCAGACUGCCCUGCAUCUCGCCGCCCAGCAGGACCUGCCCACCAUCUGCUCCGUCCUCCUGGAGAAUGCGGUGGACUUUGCUGCUCUGGACGAGAAUGGAAAUAACGCUCUUCAUCUCGCGGUCAUGCACGGUCGGCUCAACAACAUCCGGGUCCUCCUGACCGAGUGCACCGUGGACGCCGAAGCCUUCAAUCUACGAGGCCAGUCGCCGCUGCACAUCCUGGGUCAGUACGGCAAAGAGAACGCAGCCACCAUCUUUGAGCUCUUCCUGGAGUGCAUGCCUCAGUACCCUCUGGACAAGCCAGACGCGGAAGGAAACACGGUGCUGCUGUUGGCUUACAUGAAGGGGAAUGCCAACCUGUGCCGUGCCGUCGUCCGCUCGGGAGCUCGCCUCGGGGUCAACAACAACCAAGGGGUGAACAUUUUCAACUACCAAGUUGCCACCAAGCAGCUUCUGUUUCGACUGUUAGGUGAGUGGCUACUUGCUGCUCAUCCAGCACAGACACGGGCACGGUGUCGGUCGUUCACGUGCCCCGGUGACCUCUGAACCCAGAAUGACCCGAGCCGNNNNUGCGGACGCCUUCUGUGCCAUAAAUGCUCGACCAAGGAGAUCCCUAUUAUAAAAUUUGAUCUGAACAAGCCCGUGCGAGUUUGCAACAUUUGCUUUGAUGUGCUGACUCUGGGGGGCGUCUCUUAG